AUGCCUGUAAUAUUGAAAAACUUCAGCUGGAGUCAAGACUCGGAACAGGUAACCAUUCGAGUGUCAUUCCCGGAGAACCAUCUGCGACGGGAGGAGGUCUUCACCAGUGUGCAGUUACUGAAAAUUAACAAAGCUCCCUACUACUGGGAAGCGUUGCUGCUGCAUCCCGUCGUCGAAGAAGAAAGCCGUUGUUUGUUGUUGGAAAAUGAGGUUAUUUUUUCUUUGCGCAAAACUGAAAUCGGCCUCCAGUGGGACCAGUUGGAACUUGAAUGUACGAAUAGCGAAAGAAUCCUCCGGAAGGAAGAACUACUCGCCGGGCAUCGGAAACGUUUGGAGGAGAAGGUAAAACAACGGUCGAUUGCACGAGAUCAAAAUAAGCGGGAGGAAGUUUCGAGGCAGAUUGAAAGAGAUGGCAACACCCGGACGGAGAUCGAAAAGUUGCUGGAAGACAGUAAACAACGGGAGAUGAAACGGAUGGACACUCCUCGACCGAAGGAAUUCAAAAAGCCCCGGCCGAAAUCGGAACCCAGCCAGGAGCUGCCAUCGAUUCGACAGUGUGGAACCGUGACCGUAAGUUUUAGUAAGCGAAAUUUCGUGACGCCCAAGCGGGAAUCGAUGGAACAUGACGAACAGCAGUGGAUAAUGAAACAAGCUGCCGCCAAGAAAGCGGUCGGUUUCAUCGAUGACGAUCUGCGACCCGAGGAACGUAAUCCGGAAUGGUUGAAACAGAAAGGGGACAGCUUUUUCCAGCAACGGAAUUAUCUGGCCGCAAUUUCCGCUUACACAACAGGCAUUCGGUUGAAUAAGGAGUACUAUUCGUUGUUUUUGAACCGGUCGGCAGCACAUUUUGCACUGGAAAACUAUCAACGAUGUGCGGAAGAUUGUUCCACGGCACUGGAACUGCUGAUCCCGCCAAUCGAAGCUAAUCGAAAAGCUCGCGUUGCUUGCCUGGCACGUCGGGGAGCUGCACUUGCCAAGUUAGGAUUCCUGCGGCAGGGUUUCGAAGAACUGGUUGCUGCCGCCAAGUUGGAUCCACAAAACGACGAACUUCGCCGGGAAACGCAAAUGCUUCAACGAAAACUGGACGAAUGUGAUACUGAAUCGGAGUAACAGCACGGUUGAAUAUUUAUUAACCUGUUUUUUUUUUUCAAUAACAUUCAAUCAAUCAACACAA